AACCUACCGCAGUACACUAUAAUACCUCCCUUCGUCAUGCGGAGAAAACAACAACGUCGCGAUCCAAUCACCGCCGAUCCUUCUUUUCUCACCCCUUUCCUACUUAAAAACCCGCCACUGUCGGUGAUAUUAUCGCUCGCCUUUCCAUUUCAAUUGAGGACUUCAGAUCUCAUGGCUUCGAUGAUCUCGCUUGGCCUUACUUCGACCGCCGCGUCGCCGGUGGUUGCUCUUCGAGAGAAUCCUAAGAAGAUUGGGCUUGGGAGGAAAAAGAGCGGCGAUCUCUUUUUAAAGGGGAAGUCUUCUGGACGAGUACGAAUGGCUGUUGUGGUUAAUGUUUCUCGUUUUGAGGGAGUGACUAUGGCUCCACCAGACCCAAUUCUUGGGGUUUCGGAAGCAUUCAGAGCAGACACAAGUGACAUGAAGCUCAACCUUGGGGUGGGAGCUUACAGAACAGAAGAACUCCAGCCUUAUGUGCUGGAUGUUGUUAAAAAGGCAGAAAAUCUUAUGUUGGAAAAAGGUGACAACAAAGAGUAUUUACCUAUUGAAGGAUUGGCUGCAUUUAAUAAGGUUACUGCAGAGUUGUUGUUAGGAGCUGACAAUGCAGCCAUCCAACAAGGAAGAGUUGCCACUGUUCAGAGUCUUUCUGGGACUGGGUCCCUUCGCCUUGCUGCAGCAUUUAUACAAAGAUAUUUCCCUGAUGCAAAAGUUUUGAUUUCAUCUCCGACUUGGGGUAAUCACAAGAACAUUUUCAAUGAUGCCAGGGUGCCUUGGUCUGAGUACCGAUACUAUGACCCUAGAACUGUUGGUUUGAAUUUUGAUGGAAUGAUAGCAGAUAUAAAGGCUGCACCAGAUGGAUCUUUUAUCCUUUUACAUGGUUGUGCUCACAACCCAACUGGCAUAGACCCAACUCCUGAACAGUGGGAGAAAAUUGCUGAUGUUAUCGAAGAAAAAAACCACAUUCCUUUCUUUGAUGUGGCAUACCAGGGAUUUGCUAGCGGAAGCCUUGAUGCUGAUGCAUCGUCUGUUAGAUUGUUUGUUGCACGUGGUAUGGAACUUCUGGUUGCCCAGUCAUACAGUAAGAACCUGGGCUUGUAUGCUGAAAGGGUUGGAGCCAUCAAUGUUGUUUGUGCAUCCUCAGAUGCUGCAGCUAGGGUCAAGAGCCAGCUGAAAAGGAUCGCUCGGCCUAUGUACUCAAAUCCUCCUGUUCACGGCGCAAGAAUAGUUGCUAAUGUUGUUGGAGACUCCACUCUUUUCAACGAAUGGAAAGCAGAGAUGGAACAAAUGGCAGGACGUAUAAAGAAUGUGAGACAAAGACUCUUUGACAGCCUCUCUGAGAAAGAUAAGAGUGGAAAAGAUUGGUCUUUUAUUCUCAAGCAGAUUGGCAUGUUCUCCUUCACCGGCUUGAAUAAAGCACAGAGUGACAACAUGACAAACAAAUGGCACGUGUACAUGACCAAGGACGGUAGGAUCUCUUUGGCUGGGUUGUCUCUGGCCAAGUGCGAUUACCUCGCCGAUGCCAUCAUUGAUUCUUUCCACGAUGUCAACUAGACAGCGUUGGUGAAUUAAUUGGUUGUUGUUGUUCAAUACUGAAAGCUGUAGUCUGGAACUUUUUGGUCUUGUUCCAGUCUAAUUGAGUCAAUUAGAGUAGUCAGGGUCGUUGCUUUGAUGCAAAUAAAUGAAUAUUUCGCAAAAUAAUUGUUUUUUAAAGUCAAAACUUGAUUUCUGUAAAAGUACAGUACAGCUGAAGGUUCCAUGAAGUGUUUCGACACUUGGUUUUAGGUU